AUGAGUAAUAUUUCAUGGUCUAAUAUUCAUGAUUAUUCAAACAUAGAAUAUGCUUUUUUAAAGCCAUUGAGUUUAUUCCAUAAUUUCAAUUUUUUCAAUUCAUACUUGAGUGAUGAACUCAAGGAUUACACAACUUCGUCCGCUCAAUCGAAAUUUCCAUCUCCAUUAUAUUCACCACAUAGUAAUUCCUUAAAUCCUAAAUUUGUUGAAUUAAUCAGUUCAAUUAUUAAUGGGGUUAGUUUAUUAUUUAUUAUUUAUCAAUCAAUUGAAUUGACUUUUAAAAAUAAAAAUAUUUAUAAGAAAUAUAUUCCAACUUCAUGGAUUCAAAUACUAAAAUAUUUUUUAUUGGUAUCUUUAAUUGUCAUUCAAACAAUAUUAUAUUUCUUUACUUCAAAUCAAUACGUGUUUUACAACAUAAUUACUAUUAUUGGAGCUAGCUUUUUAUCGAUUUAUGAAUAUAGAGUAUCAACAAUUUCUUGUGCUUCUUUACUUACAUAUUGGCUUGCUAGUUUUUUUUAUUCGUUUGUUGUUUUAAUUCAAGAUACCUUUUCCAAACAUAAAAUAUUAGCAAUUGAUCCAACUUCAUAUGGUUUAGAAACUGUUGGAGUUGUUCUCAACUUAGUUUUAUUUAUUUUAGAAGCUGAAUUUUAUAAACCUGGUUUUAAAACUGAUGAUGAACAAGAGAAUAAAAGAAUUGAUAUACUUUCUUAUUUUACUUUUGGGUUUAUACAACCAGUAAUUAACAAGAUUUUUCAAACAGAUGAUAUCAAAGUAUCAGAAUUACCAAAUGUUAUAGAGGAUAUUAAAUGUGAUCAACAUACACCAAUUUUGAAAAUAUAUUGGGAUAAUGAAUUAAAAGUUAAGAAUCAUUUUUUUAGUAAGAUAUGGAGUUUCAUUACUAGGAAGAAAUAUGAAAGUAAACCAGUAUUGUUUAGCGCUAUGUUCAAAGUUUAUUAUAAAUACUUAAUUGGUGAUUUGAUUUACAGUUUUGUUGAUGUGUUUUUAAUGUUUUCACAACCAUUUGUUUUCAAACAAUUCAUAUUAUUUUUCAGUAACUACACUUACCAUAAAAAAGAAGAUAGACCACCAAUUAUUGUUGGAUAUUCAUUAGCUAUAUUGAUGUUCUUGAUUAGUGUUGUUGAUUUCAUUGUUAAUAAUCAAGCAGCAAUUUUACAAAAUAAACUGGCAAUGUCUAUAAGAAGUGCAUUAACAGUAUUAAUAUAUGAAAAAGCUUUGAAGUUAUCACCUGCAUCUAAAAGAAAAAAACCAACUGGUGAUAUUAUAAACAAUAUUUCAGUAGAUAUUGGUCAAAUUAAUGGGUUUUUCUUAUCGUUGGGUACUUAUGUAUCAAGUCCAUUUCAACUUAUUGUUUGUUUAAUAUUUUUAUUCAAUUUUUUUAAAUCGGCUUCAUUCCUUGGUUUAGGUGCUGCAUUAAUUUCAGCUCCAAUGAUUGCAAUAAUUCAAGCAACAGUAGUCACAAGUUAUAAACAAUUAAUGAAAGAUAAAGAUGAAAGAACUUCAUUAAUUACUGAAAUUUUAAGUUCUGCUAAAAAUAUUAAAUUAUAUAGUUGGGAAACUCCAAUGUUGGAAAGAUUAAGUCACAUAAGAAAUGAUAGAGAAUUACAAAAUUUAAAAAAAAUUGGUGUUGUUAUUGCGUUAGCUCAAUUUUUAUGGUCUUGUGUACCUUUUUUAAUUAGUGUUGCAUGUUUUGGAGGUUUCAUUUGGUUCUAUGAUACACCUUUAACUCCAGAAAUUGUAUUUCCCGCGUUAAGUUUAGUAGGUUUAUUAAUGAUGCCAAUGGCUAUUAUACCAAAUUUUAUUGUUAGUUUACUUCAAGUUAGAGUUUCUUUGGGAAGAUUGGAAGAAUUUUUAACAUUAGAAGAAAUUAGUCCAAGUCAAAAUGGUAAAAUCAAAAGAGAUGAAUAUCCUAAAGGUGACGUCUCGGUUGAGAUUAAAAAUGCUACUUUUGUUUGGGAUUCGAAUGAGCCUGAGACUUCUUAUAAAGAUGAAGAAGAAGGAGUUGAAGGAGAAAGUGAAAGUAAAACCAAUGUUGCUUUGAAUGACAUUAAUUUCAUUGCCAAAAAGGGUCAAUUGACUUGUAUUGUUGGAAAAGUCGGUAGUGGUAAAUCAACAUUAUUAAAUGCUAUUCUUGGAGACAUACCAAUUAAACAAGAAGGUUAUAAAGAUAAUGAUACCUCUAAAACACCAAGUGUUGAAACUUUUGGAUCUAUAGCUUAUUGUCCUCAGACCCCAUGGAUUUUAAAUGGUACCGUUAAGGAAAAUGUUUUAUUUGGAUACAAAUAUGAUUCUGAGUUUUAUAGAAAAACUAUUAUAGCUUGUGAGUUAGUGGCAGAUUUUAAGACUUUGGCAGAUGGUGAUAAAACUAUAGUUGGUGAAAAAGGUAUAUCAUUAAGUGGUGGUCAAAAAGCUAGAAUCUCAUUAGCAAGAGCAGUGUACUCAAGAGCUGACAUCUAUUUAUUAGAUGAUGUAUUAUCUGCUGUUGAUGCUCAUGUUGGUAAAGCUUUAGUUAAACAAGUAUUAUCCAAGGAUGGAAUUAUUGGAAGUCGUACAAAAAUCUUAGCAACAAAUUCUAUUCCAGUUUUACAUCAAGCAAAUGAUAUUUAUUUAUUAUCCAAAGGAUCGAUAAUUGAACAUGGAGAUUUUAAAACAGCCAUGGACAAGAACGGAGAAAUUGCCAAUUUAGUAAAAGAGCAUGGACGUCAAAAAGAAGAAUCAACAAUUGAAGAUGAAACAAAUAAACAUUUAGUUGAACUUGAAAAUGCUAUAACUGAAGGUAAUAUUGCAACUAUCGAAGGGGAAAUUAGUAAUCAACGUUUACGUCGUGCUAGUGUUGCAUCAUUUGAUCACAUAUAUGAAGAUGCUGAUACCUUUGAAGGAGGUAAUAAACCAGUAACUUCUCUUGAAGAAGAGAAAAAAGAAAAGGGAAUGGUUCCAAUGCAAACUAUCUUUAGAUACAUUAAAGAAUGUAAUCUUGGAUAUUUCAGUUUAUUUUUAGCAACUAUAUUAGGAAGUAAAUUAUUUAAUGUUGCAGAAACCUAUAUUUUAAAAGAUUGGACUGAAUUAAAUAAAGAAUAUAAUUCAACUGUUGAUCCUGGAUAUUAUUUAAGUUUAUAUUCUGCUGCAGGAGCAUUUGCUGGAUUCUUAACAUAUGUUGGUUAUUUUAUUCUUUGGUCAUACUGUAUUAUCAAAGCUGCUGCUUAUUUCCAUAGUGAAAUGGCAAAAGCCGUAUUACAUUCACCAAUGUCAUUUUUUGAUACAACUCCAGUUGGUAGAGUUUUAAAUAGAUUUACUCAAGAUAUUUCAACAAUUGAUUUUGGAUUACCUUUCACAUUAAUUUCAUUUUUUAGAUUAGUUAUGACUGCAAUAAUUACUUUUUCAGUACUUAUUAUAACAGUUCCACCAGUUAUAAUUAUUAUCUUGUUAUUAUCGAUUGUUUAUAAUUAUUAUAGAGUAAGAUAUAUUCCAGCAUCAAGAGAAUUGAAGAGAUUACAAUCUAUAGCUGCAUCUCCAGUAUUAUCAAUUAUUCAAGAAAGUUUAAAUGGUGUCGAUACAAUAAAAGCAUAUCAUAAAAAGGAUAGAUUUAUUCAUAAAUGUAAAAAAUAUAUUGAUGAAAGAACUUUAGUAAAUAUGGUAAGUGUUGAUAUAAGUAGAUGGUUAUCAAUGAGAUUAGAAUCUAUAUCAGCUAUAAUAUUAUUUUCAACUGCAUCUUUUUCAGUAUGGACAUUAACUGGUAAAAAUCCAAUUUCACCAGCUACAUUAGGUUUUAUAAUGACUUAUGCAUUAAAUAUUUCACUGAUUUUAUCAAAUUUGAUUAAACAAAUUAGUGCAGUUCAAUCAGAAGGUGUUGCAUUAGAAAGAAUUAUUGAAUAUUGUGAUUUACCAAGUGAAGCUCCAAUGAUUAUAAAGGAUAAAAGACCACCAUCUAAUUGGCCAGAAAAGGGAGUUAUUAAAUUUCAAAAUUAUGGUACUAAAUAUAGAGAAAAUUUACCACCAGUUUUAGAAGGUGUUGGAUUUGAAAUAAAUUCAAAGGAAAAAGUUGGUAUAGUUGGUAGAACAGGAGCUGGUAAAUCUUCAUUAACUUUAGCAUUAUUUAGAAUUAUUGAAGCAACUGGUGGUGAUAUUGAAAUUGAUGGUAUAAAUAUUGGAGAAAUUGGGUUAUUAGAUUUAAGAGUUCAUUUAAAUGUUAUACCACAAGAAGCACAUACUUUCAGAGCAUCAGUAAGAGAAAAUUUAGAUCCUUUUGGUAAAUAUGAUGAUGCCAAAUUAUGGAAAGUUCUAGAGCUAGCUCACCUUAAAGAACAUAUUGAAUCAAUGGAAACUGAACCAACAGAAGAUGAAAAAUCAAAACUGAAAAAUCCAGAUGAAAUUAUCAAGAAAAAGGGAUUAGAUGCUAAAAUUGAAGAUGGUGGUUCAAAUUUAUCAGCAGGUCAAAAACAAUUAUUAUGUUUAGCAAGAGCAUUAUUAAAUGAAACUAGUAAAAUAUUAGUAUUAGAUGAAGCUACUGCAGCUGUUGAUUCACAAACUGAUAAAAUAAUUCAAGAAACUAUAAGAUCAGAAUUUAAAGAUAAAACUAUUUUAACAAUUGCUCAUAGAAUUGAUACAAUUAUGGAUAGUGAUAAGAUUUUAGUACUUGAUCAUGGUAAAGUUGCAGAAUUUGAUUCACCUCAAAAUUUACUUAAGAAUAAAGAUAGUAUAUUUUAUUCAUUAUCAAAAGAAGGUGGUUAUAUUUAG